AACAUUCGAGUUGUUUGUCGCUUUAGACCCCAAAACAAGCGAGAGAUUGCAGAAGGCGGUGAGCACAUUGUGACUUUUGAUGAUGACAUGACAUCAGUAAAAUGCGAAAGCAAGGAGUAUCCUGGUGUAUUCAAUUUCGACAAAAUCUUCGAUUGGGCUACUACCCAAGACCAGGUCUUUGGCUAUUCGGCCGGUUCCAUCGUCAAUGAUAUUAUGAAUGGCUACAAUGGCACCAUCUUUGCGUAUGGUCAGACCGGCUCUGGUAAAACUCAUACUAUGAUGGGUGAUAUGGAAAGCUCAGAGUUCAAGGGUCUUACUCCUCGUAUUGUCGAGCAUAUUUUCGAUACUAUUCUCAACUCUCCCUCCAAUCUGGAAUUCACUGUCAAGGUUUCAUUUAUGGAGAUUUACAUGGAAAAGAUUCGUGAUUUACUGAAUCCUACUAAUGACAAUCUCCCUGUACACGAGGACAAGGGUAGAGGUGUUUAUGUCAAGGGACUCUUGGAAGUUUUUGUUGGAUCUGUAGAUGAAGUGUACGAAGCUAUGCGUCGUGGCCAGGGUGCCCGUGUCGUUGCAUAUACAAACAUGAAUGCCGAGUCUUCUCGCAGUCACUCUAUUUUUGUUCUUCAAAUUACACAAAAAAAUCUUAAUGAUGGAAGUAUCAAAACCGGAAAACUUUCUUUGGUCGAUUUGGCCGGCUCAGAAAAAGUAGGUAAAACUGGUGCUACUGGUCAAACUCUCGAAGAGGCAAAAAAAAUCAACAAAUCCUUGUCUGCACUGGGAAUGGUGAUCAACUCUUUAACUGACGGAAAGUCCUCCCAUAUUCCCUAUCGUGACUCCAAGCUUACUCGUAUCUUGCAAGAAUCGCUUGGUGGUAACUCGCGUACUACACUCAUCAUCAAUUGCUCACCAUCAUCAUUUAAUGAAGCCGAAACAAUAUCCACACUGCGUUUUGGUAUGCGUGCCAAGACGAUCAAGAAUAAGGCCAAGAUCAAUGCUGAGCUAAGUCCCAACGAGCUUAAAACUCUUUUGAAAAAAGCAAAGAUUGAGACUGCCGAGCUUGAAUCUCAGAUUGUCUCUAUCGAGAAGGAGCUGGUUUCUUGGCGUGCAGGUCAAACUGUACCUGAAUCUGAAUGGGUCACGUUAUCAGGAAAAACUGCUUCUGCUGGAUUAUCUCCUGCAACAGUUGCGCCUGCACUUUUGGAUAUUGCAGUCUCUCGAGCUAGCGCUACCACUCCAUCCAGCACCACUGCUUUGGCAAUUUCAGACGAUGAUCGUGAAGAGUUUCUUCGUCGCGAGAACGAGCUGGCUGACCAGCUUGCCGAAAAGGAAAUGGAGCUCAAAAAGCAACAAACUCUUGUUGAAGAGCUUCAAGAAGAACUUAAUUUCAUCAAAACCCGUGAGGCCGAGAUUGCUCAAGAGAACAAGAUCCUUGGAUCCAACAUGACGGAAAUGCAGCUUCAACUCGAAAAAGUCAUGUUUGAAAAUAAGGAGAGUCUUAUUACUGUAGAUACACUCAAGGAAUCCAAAAAUGAGCUGGAGCGUACAUUGGACUCUCUCAAGAAACAGAUUUUGGAAUUGCAGGCCACUAAAAUGCCUGAAACUAAAGACGACAACGAAAAGGAAAAGCGGAAACAAGAGAAGAUGGCGCAGAUGAUGGCAGAGUUUGAUCCCACUGCAGUGAUGGACGACAAGGAAAGACAGAUGCGCGAAACUCUUGUAAAACUUUCUCACAUGAAGGAAACUUCUAAACCACCCACCGAUACAGAGGAGAUUGCAUCGCAACACUUUGAGCUUUUGGACGUCAAGACUCAGCUUGCACAUCACCAGGUAGAGAUCACUGAGUUGAGUGGGCUUGCUGCUAGUCGUGAAGCAGAAAUUUCUACUCUACGUGCACGCAAAGAGGAAGUGGAAACCAAACUUGCUGCCCUUGAGAGCGAGUACGAACAGCUUCUUGAAAAAACCAUCCAGGAGGAGGAGCAGCAUUUUGGAGGCGAGACUUCAAAUGUUGUUCAGGAUCUCAAAUCCAAGCUUGAAGUUCAAUAUGGUGCUAAGCGUGACAUUCAAGAAAAGGAAAUCGAGGAAUUGGUUUCUGAAAAAACCAAGGAAAACCAGGAGUUGUUGUCGUCAGUUGAUACACUACGCAAGACACCAGGUACAACUAGCGGCUUGUCUACCGAAGAAGGCAGGACGCCCGCUCUUCCAGCUUUAGAUGUGGCUACAACAGAAGAAAUUGAAAAGAUGCGUAAAACUAUGGCCACUCAACUUAUCGAAUUUGAUGCCAUGAAGAAAAAGCUUAUGCGCGACCUUCAAAACCGAUGUGAAAAAGUAGUCGAGCUGGAAAUUUCUUUAGACGAAACUCGGGAGCAAUACAAUAAUAUUCUUCGCAAUAGCAACAGUCGAGCUCAGCAACAAAAAAUGGCUGUUCUAGAGCAUAAUCUGGAGCAGUUGAAAACCGUUCAAAAGGGAAUAUGCCAAGCUAACGAGACCUUGAAAAAGGAUCUAGCAGUUGCAGAUCGAAAACUGAGCACCAGAAACGAGCGUAUCCAGAACUUGGAAUCUCUUUUACAAGAAUCUCAAGUCAAGAUUGAAACUCAAAAUCAAAAAUACGAGGCUCAAAUCAGUUCCAUGCGAGAAAAGCUUCGUCAAGCCCAAGCUCAACAAGCCGAAUGGGGUUCUUCAUGGGUUCAGUCUAGCCGUAUCGCUAAGCCUCUACGAGGUGGCGGAGCAGCUCAUGUUGCUGGCGAAGAUGCUGACGAGAGCGACACACCUGACACGGUGUCGUCACAGACACUAAAUCCUAAGCGGUCAUCGUGGUAUGUGAGCCUGUUGAAAAAAUAAAUAAAUGAAACAUUAUUUUGUGAAUGAUUU